AUGGCGCCGGAUGAUGAUGCGCAUCCUGCGGGCGCCCAUGCGGCCAACCUGCCAGAGCAGCGUUUAGAGCGGCCUGUGGAUGGGUUGGAUUCCAUCGCGACCUCUCUUCAAGACCCCUAUUCCGAUGAGGCGCUCUCCGCUUUCAUGUCGGUACCUCAUUAUCCGGAGGCAACCAGUCACAGGACGAGCAUUCCAGUGUCCGAAAUCGUUAAUGCGGUUAUUGAACCAGGAGACUUCUUUCGUCGCCAGAGCACGUCUAGCCAGAGAAUUUCAGGAUCCCAGAUCUCUCCGCCAAUGGAACUGUAUGUGUCCGAUUCGGAGAUGACUGAUACACUGUCGGAGGUGGGCGGCGUGCCUCUAGACGAAUAUCACAUAGAACAAAUGAGGCUGGCCGAGUUUGCCAGCCGGUUCGUCCAUGAGGCGAUUGCUCAGAACAACCACGCCGCAGUGUCAGAAACAACCGAAGAAGCCAGCGCAACGGAUUCGGUGAUGCAAUACGAGCUUCAUACGUCUGGGCAAGAGCCAAUAUCAUUCUCAACGGCGGAGGACGACGAUGACACGCGGAAGUUCUACCUGGACUAUGGCGAUGAUGACUACGAGACCAAUUCCCAGUCUUCCUCUAGCGGUGACGGCCACUCGCAUGUUUCAAACGUCGAUUUGGACGAUUUUUAUCGACCGCCGGGUUACACGUAUGGCUCCCAAAUGUCUGGAUUCGACCCUGCUUCCAGCCAUGAGGAUCAUACCAACUUCUUUUCCGACGCCGAGGACGCAAAUACUGACCCAGCCGCGGACCCUCACUUUGCAGAGUCCGUCAUACAUCAUGGAACCACCCAAGAGAGAAACUAUGAUAUUGACCAGUUUAUUUCGCAAUGGCUCUACCAAUCGUCUACUGCGUCGAUACCAAUGCUGUCACUAUCGCCGCAGGUAUUUCUUCAGAGUACUUUAUCCAACAUCAUGCGAUGGCAGCCACCGGCGAAGAUCACGCGGCCGAGCGGUUAUACUGGAGACUUCUACGACAUCCAACAGAUCCCCUGGUGGGAGAGGUUGCGGGUGAGGCGAGCUGAUGCGCGCCGGUUGCGAGACCAGACGUAUGAAUCGUACCAAAAUCUUCCACAAUACAGCCAGCGACGGACAGGGAGGAGGCUGCCUGAGGAAGAGUUUUAUUUCCAGGGAAAAUCGAUGUACACGGCUCACAAAGCCACGAUCGAACACUUCCAGCUCCGCAACCUGAUGUCCGUUCCCGCGUACAACACUGUACACUUUGCGCACGAAUCCAAGUUGUAUUCGUGGGUUCCGGCAUAUGACGACUUGCAAUGUCUGAUCGACCUGUCCGUACCUAAUGCUGAGUCCGGUUUUCAGGGCCCGGUCAAGAUUUCGACCAUGAAAACGGCUGUAGGUGUAUCUAUUGCCGGCGGCUUCUUCGGAGAAUAUGCCGUGCGGGCUAUGGGGACUGAAACCAAGGGAGUGGAAGGAUACGUUACAAAAGACCCCAACGGAAUCACCAACCACAUCGAUAUCAUCCCAAGUCGCACGAAUCGGUCGCCAAUCGGGAUUUUUGCUUCUAAUGAUCGCCAUGUGCGGACACUAGAUUGCGAAACUAACACCUUUCUUACUGAUCAUGAACUCACGCAUGCGGUCAACUGUACAUCUACUUCACCUGAUGGUCGGCUCCGUAUCGUUGUCGGCGACUCCCCCGAUGCCUGGGUCGUUGAAGCGGAGACAGGCCGACCGGUUUACCCUCUGCGUGGACAUAAGGAUUUCGGCUUCGCCUGCGCCUGGUCCCCGGAUAUGAUGCAGGUCGCCACUAGCAAUCAAGACAAGUCAGCGAUAAUCUGGGAUGCACGGACAUGGCGCAUGCUGGAGAAGAUCGAGUCCGACGUAGCGGGCUACCGGUCUCUACGAUUCUCUCCAGUCGGCGGAGGUCCGCGCACCCUGCUGCUCUGCGAACCGGCAGACCGGAUAGUGAUUGUCAAUGCACAAACAUACCGAUCGCGCCAGGUCCACGACUUCUUUGGUGAAGUUGGAGGAGCAGACUACUCGCCUGAUGGAAGCACAAUAUGGGCAGCCAACACGGACGAGCGGUUUGGUGGGUUUAUGGAGUACGAUCGGCGGCAGUGGGGGCAGCAGUAUGGCUUGCAGCAGUCACCGAAUGAAUGGGUCAAGGAGGCAGAUCUUGACGAAGAUGAGCGCUGUAUACUCAGCGAACGAGAACGACAGUCGAGGCACUUGUGGAAUUUAUGCGACGAGGGGCACGAGGAGUUGCUGCUGUGCUAG